AGAUUGUCGCCCACGUUGGAAUCACCUAUAAAUUUGAAAGAGUCGCAACGCAUCCUUUCGUCUUCUCCGUUUUACUUCAAAAUAGUCGAAAGGCAUCCAAGGUUUUGAAAGCAGAGCAAAAAUGGCGGAUUCUGAAGCAUCGCAGUCUACAGAAACGGUGCGAGUGGACGAGAAGAAUCUGAAGUAUUUGGAGUUCGUUCAAGUGGCGUCGAUUUACGUGGUGGUGUGCUUCUCGAGCCUCUACGAGUACGCGAAGGAGAACUCCGGUCCGCUUAAACCGGGUGUUCAGACGGUGGAAGGCACCGUCCGAACCGUAACCGGGCCGGUCUACGAGAAGUUCCACGACCUUCCCUUCCAACUCCUCAGAUUUGUCGAUCGCAAGGUGGACGAGUCCUUGAGCGAGGUGGACCGUCACGUGCCGGUUCUGGUGAAGCAGGUGUCGAGCCAGGCGCUAUCGGUGGCGAGAGCGGUGGAGCGAGGCGGCUUGGUGGACACGGCUAAGAAUCUCACCGGGAGCUUGUACGCUAAAUGCGAACCCGUGGCGGAGCAGGUGUACUACAAGUACGAGCCGGUGGCAGAGCAGUACGCCGUGUCGGCUUGGCGCGCGCUGAAUCGGCUCCCGCUGUUUCCGCAGGUGGUUCAUAUAACGGUCCCCACCGCGUCGUACUGGUCCGACAAGUACAAUCGGGCCGUCGGGUACACCGUGAACAGAGGCUACUCCGUGGCGGCGUAUCUGCCGUUGAUUCCGACGGAGAGAAUUGCCAAGUUGUUUGAUGAAGCCGAGAACGGGGUUGCCGUUUCGACGAACGGUGGGGAUGUUGUAGUGGAGCAGUGACGACCGUCGAUCUGGGUUGGGGGCUUUAUGGUCUUUUGGGAUUUUUCGUGCUUUUCCUAGUAUGAAGUUUAUUUUGGGGCCCCGUUUUGGAGGUCUUGUUUUGAAUUGUAGGCCGACGUGGUAACAUCCUAAAUGAAUCGGAAGAAAAUUUUGGUACCAAUUUGGCAUAUUUUAGUACAAGGAAAGUUUUUAAUUA